AUGGUUAAGACUAGAGGAUUAUGUUGUGCGUUAGGUAGGGUUGUUGCCAAAGGUCUGGGGAGAAGGGAUGGUGAUGAUUCUGACGAGGCUGAGCCUGUUGUAGCUGGCAAUGAGCCCAUGGUAGAUUUUGAUGCACAUGACACCGGUGCAGAGACUGACACACAGGAUACCGGUGCAAAAGAUGUUGCAAAUGAGGCUGAGGGAUUUCCUGGUGGACCCAGGGACCCAUCUGUGCUUACGGAGUAUGCUGAGCAUGUUGUAGCCAACGUAUGGUCCGGAAAGCCUCUGUACAUCGACGAGGCGAUGCUAAUGUUGGUUGAGUUACUGAUGGUCUCACUAGAGGUAGCCAUCGCCGAGACAGGACAGUGUUGUGGACCAUACGUAUGCCUGUAUUGGCUACGAGACAUUUAUCAGCGCAAAUGUCAGACACAACACUGGACAACUACAGCUUGUGCUUAUCUUCUUCACCUUCUGGGUUACACUCUUUUUUUUAAUAAGAGUGCAACCCAUGCUCAUGUGGUCUUCUUAGACGCCCUGCGUGACCUCACUCGGACUAGGAGGUAUGCAUGGGGAGCUGCUGGCCUCGUCCAUAUGUACGAUCAUCUUAAUGAUUCCAAUAUCAGAACCAGCUGA